CGCCCUCCGUGGCCGGGAAGGCGGGGCGGGCCGCCCGGGUAGGCGGCGCGAAGGAUCCCGAGCUUGGGCGAUGGCGGCGCCCGGCGCAGUGCUGGUGAUGGGAGUGAGCGGCUCCGGGAAAUCGACUGUCGGCGCCCUGCUGGCAUCCGAGCUGGGAUGGAAAUUCUACGAUGCUGAUGACUAUCACCCAGAGGAAAAUCGACAGAAGAUGGGAAAAGGGAUACCGCUGAGUGACCAGGACAGGAUUCCAUGGCUCUGCACCCUGCAUGACAUUUUACAAAGAGAUGUAGCCUCUGGACAGCAUGUAGUUCUAGCCUGUUCAGCUCUGAAGAAAGUAUACAGAGACAUCUUAAUACAAGGAAAAGACGGUGCACCUCUGAAGCGUGAUGAGUCCGGAAAGGAAGAAAAGACGGCUGAGGUAAAGCUCCUUGUGGUCCAUCUGACUGGGUCAUUUGAGGUCAUCUCUGGACGCUUACUCAAAAGAAAAGGACAUUUUAUGCCCCCUGAGUUACUGCAGUCCCAGUUCAAUACUCUGGAGCCCCCAUCAGCUCCAGAAAAUUUCAUCCAAAUCAGUGUGGACAAAAAUCCUUCAGAGAUAGUUGUUAUAAUUAUGGAAACUCUAAAAUGAAGUGAGAAUCAUUUCUAUCAGUGGUCCAAAAUAGAAUUAGGCGCAAAUCUCAAUCUCCCAUCCCAAACCAUGUUGCAGUAUCCUUGGUGAUAAGUAUUCUAGAUUCUUCUUAAGGUGAACAAAUGACAGUGUGCUGAGAUACGCUCGUUUGGGUAUAUUUUUAGGAAUUUGUGGUACUCUUGUCAUCAUGCUCUGGCACAUUCAGAGAAAAGGAUAAGAAAAUUUGAAAGCACAGCUUUAAUUGAAAUUUAAAUUUGUGUGAUCCAAUCAAAUGAUCAGAGGAAAUUCUAUAAUUGAUGCUGUAAAUCAUGACCUUAUUUGGAACAUCUCUGAUCAUGGCUGUACUCAAAUAAAUGAAACUUGACUGUCCUCA